GGCCAUCAAAUAGUGAAGGAGCUGGCAAAGUCAGCCUCUUGAAGAAAGUACCAGCGCUAAAGGAUGGAGACUUCACCCUAGCAGAAUGCACUGCCAUUCUGCUGUAUCUGAGUCGAAAGUACAACACUCCUGACCACUGGUACCCAUCAGACAUACAAAAACGGGCCCAGGUAGAUGAAUACCUCUCAUGGCAUCAUGCUAACAUCCGGGCUAAUGCUCCUAAGACCAUGUGGAUCAAGGUGCUGAUUCCCCUCUUCACAGGGCAGCCAUUGCCCUCCGAGAAGCUCCAGGAGGUUAUGGAGGGGCUGUCUACUUCCCUGAAGCAGUUUGAGGAGAGGUUUCUGCAGGACAAGGCUUUUAUCAUCGGGAGCGAGAUCUCUCUGGCGGAUCUUGUGGCCAUUGUGGAGCUGAUGCAACCUGUUGGAGUUGGUUGCGACAUCUUUGAAGACAGACCAAGGCUGAUGGAGUGGCGCAGGCGGGUGGAGGAUGCUGUGGGGAAAGAGCUUUUCUUCCAAGCCCAUGAGAUGAUCCUCAAUAUUAAAGAACUGAGCAACAUUCAAGUUGAUCCACAGCUGAAAGAGCAUCUGGCACCUGUGUUGAUGAAGAUGUUGAAAUGAAUUAACCUAUCUUACCAUUUUUCCUGCCCUCUUUUUUUACCUUCUCUGACCUCCAGUUCCACAUGUAACUGGAAAAGAGCACUGUAAUUCAAACACAGAAAUUACAGAAUAUUUCCCCCCCUACAGGCCUUUCCUGUAUCUUUGGGGGUGGAAGCUGGGGAAGAUUUAAGACCUGAAACCUU